AUGGAAGAAGCUGGGAGAAAGAGGCCCAUCAUCUCUGCACGGGAGCGAGGUCCCGGGCCGGGCCGCUACGCGCUGCCUCCCACUGUGGGCUACAUGAGGCACGACUUCACCAAACCCUCCAGUCCUGCGUACACCUUCCACAGCCGCCAGAGCAGCGCCAUGGUGUCCAUCGACUCCAGUCCAGGCCCCAGGUACAGCGUGGACGCCCGGGUCACCAGGUUCGGCCGCACACAGACCCCCUCCUACUCCAUCCUGGGCCGAGGGAAGCGCUUAGGGGUGCCGUCCCAGACUCCGGGUCCAGGCACCUACAGUCCAGAGAGGGCCCCCCCAGUGAACGGCCACCGCAGACCCCCGCGCUACAGCAUGAGCACCCGCACCCGCUACCGCACUGUGGACGACGUGCCAGCACCCAACAGCUACAUCUUACCCAACUUACUGGGCAGCCAAGUCCCUCACAAACCGUCCAGUGCCAGCUUCACCUUCUCGGGCCGGAGGACUGUAGGGGCCCCCUCUGAGGACUUGUCCAAGAGCCCGGGGCCCGCCAAGUACAACAGCAUCCACCCAGACGCAGUGCACCGCCGCCAGCCCUCAUUCUCCAUGCAGGCGCGCACCAAGCGGCCCAGCUACGCAACCACAGUGCCCGGCCCCGGAGCCUACAGCCCAGAGAAGGCCUACCUGCACCUGCCCGCCAGACCCGCCUUCACCAUGGGGAUAAGGCACUCGGAGUUUGUCACGCCCCUAGUGGUGGAUGUGGUCAAAUGA